AUGCCGGUCGAGACGAAUCCCCGCCGAAAGCGAUGGGUCCACACGGGGGAGCCCAUCACAAACAUCACAGAUGUCCCAGAAGGCUGGACCUUCCACGAGCCUGAUCUGCACAAAGACGAUGUAAACAGCCAGAUCGAGCGCUGCCGUGAGCGCAUCAGCGACGCGAUCAUGGCUGGCAUCUUUCACCACAAACUGGCGCAUUAUUUGCAGCGCCGAAGUGAGAUGAUUGCUUCUGAGGGAUCGGGCCUGUCAUGGGCCGUUGUCCAACGCCUAGACUUCCUGAAAUGGAAGAAGAGCUGGCUGGAGCUCAACGGUGACUAUGAUGGGCAGAUGCCCAAUAUAAACGGCCUCAUGGAGGCAUACCGAGCCGGAAAGAAGUUCGAGAAGGGAAACCUAAGCUAUUGGUACCGGGGGAGUCAGGUAUAUCCUGAGAAGGAUACCGACGAGCUCGACUACUGGCAGGCAAUGCACCUGCAGAGCCGUUUCACUGGUGCCUCGGGCUUCUGGCUGGAAGGACUUGGCGUGCCCUGGUCAGGCGAAGUCAGUCUGAAGUGA